AUGGAUUGCCAUUACCCAAUGUGGAUCCUGAGCGGGCUUUGUCUGAUUAGCCUGGUCAGUGCCGCCACGGUAAUUGAAUUACUGGUUAGGAUAAAGCUGGAGUCCGACUUUGACUACGUGCUGGUCAUGAAAAAUAGGAACUUCAGCCUGCCCGAACAAAUUUGGAACGGCAGUACGUUGGCAAAGGAUAUUAUGGAAAGAGUUCAUGUGCCAGUCCUUCAACUGGACGAGAAAGUGAGCUACUUUUUGCACAACAGCCUCAGCAGACGUCUAGUGUCAAUGGUAUUUUUAAGUAGUGGAAAUCUCGAGGAGCACAGUGGUCUGCUCACAGCUUUGGUACAGAAUCUCAGGCACAUGACCACUUCAAGAGUAAUUUUUCUAAUACAAUCGGAGGUAUUAUCAAAAGUGGCUUACGAAUUAUUUAAGGAUUGCUGGAAAAAAAAGUUAUUGAAUGUUAUGGUUCUAUUUAAGGACUAUGAGAGCACAUCGACCUUCUACAGCUACUCGCAUUUUCCUAUUUUACAAUUAGAGGAGCGUCUCUACGAACCGAGUCUGCAAAAUAUACCUAUUUUUCCCGACCGCCUGAGAGAUUUCCAUGGGUACGAGAUGCCCGUGAUUAUUGGUGGAACCUCUCCUCGAAUGAUAGCCUACCGAAACAAGAAGGGUCAAGUGGUCUACGAGGGAACAGUGGGCCAUUUCAUGAUGGCCUUUCAGCAGAAAUACAAUGUUAGAUUUGUCCAGCCACUGCAGGGUAAAAAUCCCUUGGAUUUUGCUCCUUCCAUGCAAACGGUUGCUGCAGUGCGAAAUGAAACCGUGGAGAUGUCGAUGUCGCUGACAUAUCCAACGAUUCCUCCGUUUGGUUUUAGUUACCCUUAUGAACAGAUGAACUGGUGUGUGAUGCUACCGGUUGAGGCCGAUGUGCCACCUCUGGAAUAUUAUACGAGGGUCUUUGAGCUGGCUGCCUUUCUACUAACUUUGGGAACUCUAGUGAUAAUAUCGUGCCUCCUGGCCAGCACAUUACGGCUUCAUGGUUAUUCCACCAACAUCAGUGAGUUUCUGCUCCAUGACAGUUGCCUGAGAGGAGUGCUGGGGCAAUCUUUUGUGGAAGUGUUUCGAGCACCUACCCUCGUGCGGGGUAUAUAUCUGGAGAUCUGCAUUCUGGGCUUUCUGAUUACCGCCUGGUAUAAUUCCUAUUUCUCCAGUUAUGUGACCACUGCCCCGAAACAGCCCGCUUUCAGAACUUAUGAUGAUAUUUUGGCCUCUAAACUGAAGGUGUUGGCCUGGAAGCCGGAAUAUGCGGAGCUAUUCGGCCGACUUCUGGAGUUUCGCAAGUACGAGCCGAUGUUUCUGGUGGAACCGGACUUUAACCGAUAUCUGGCACUUCGCGAAUCGUUGGAUUCGCGAUAUGGUUAUAUGAUAACCACCAAUCGAUGGGUGCUGAUCAACGAGCAGCAAAAGGUUUUCUCCCGACCACUUUUCCAAAAACGAGACGACUUUUGCUUUUUCAAUAAUAUACCUUUCGGAUUACCCCUCCACGAGAAUUCUGUGUUUAUGGAACCGGUGCUCAAGUUGAUAUUGGAGUUGUACGAAACAGGUCUAACUUUCCACUGGAUGGCCAUGGGUUUCUCGGAGCUCAUUGAUGCGGGCGAAAUGCACUUUGUGGACUUAAGUCCUCAUCGUGAAUUUAGGGCCAUGCAGAUCCAGGAUUUGCAGUACGUGUGGUACGGGUUUGGCUUCAUGGUGGUGUUCUCUACCCUUGUUUGGGUGUUGGAAAUCUUAAGCUACAGACUUAAAUCUAAACCCAUUUUCUCGCGUCAUCUUAAAUUUCAAAACCAAUACUAA